ACACGGAGGGAAAGAAAGAACGAGAGAGAGAGAGAGAGAGCGAGCAACAGCAACCCGUUGCAUCAUCACCCCUAUCAACUACCGGCGAUCCAAGGUACUACUCAACUCAGCCACAACGAUGGUCCUGUCCCUGUUUAUGGUGCAAACGUUGACCACCCUGGUCGAACCGCCACCGGCGAUCGGGGGUCCCAAGGGUUUAACGCAUCCAGCGAUCGCCGGAGCGCAACCGCAGGCCAACAUUGCGGUGUUUAUGUUUCUGUUUAUGCUGUGCGUGCUGGAGGUAGUGUUCGUCAAGCUGAUCACCCUGACGUCCUUUGGUAGUGAGGCGGCUACUGCUGCGGCUGCGGCUGCCACAGCCACCGGCACCACCACCGCGAGGACGACGACGGCCACCGCCACUGGGGCUACUACUGCGACUACGACUGCGGAUGCGACUUUUUCUUCUUCACCACCACCACCACUGGUGCCAGUGCUCGGCAGCUAGACCUUCAUCGGCAGAGCCUUCAUCAUGAUUGCGAAACAGUCGUCGCGUUUCGUCUCUCGCGCCGUCAGUUCGAGGUCAGACAACAGACCUCCCUCCCCAUCCCCCUUUUUCCGCUCGGAGCGAAUCGCGAUUCGAGGAGAAAGGUAGAAAGCCGCAACGCGCCCGUUUGUGUGGCCGAUGGCGAUGGUGGAUAUAGUCAUAGUCUUAGCAGAGUAGACGUUGCGAACGAGGUUAUCAGGGUAUUUAUUGUAAAAACAGACACACACACACACACACUCAGACACUGUGGUGCAUCUCUUUAAAGUGAUAAAAACUAAAAUAAAUUGGAAGUAGGAAUCUCUGUUAUCUUUUGUGGGGCUCUAGUGUAUCUGAUAACAAGCGAUGGUUGGUUGAUGGAUUAUGGAAGCGAACAUCGCGCUGUGCGUAAUCGAAAACCAUCUAAUUUGAUUACGUUAUCAUGCGAGUGUGUCUGUACGAUGGUAGUGAUGAUCUAAAUGUUCAAUAGGCGAAAAGAAUAUGGAGCAACGAAGCAUUGAAACCAAACGCGCAAUACACACAAUAGCUUAUUAAUCCGAUGCCGAUAGCGGUACUACAGAUAGAUAAGGGAAGAUUGAAAAGAGGGAAAAGAGAGAGAGAGAGAGAAAUCCGUGGCAUGCAAAUAGGUUGCAGCUGUUGCUGAAUGCAGCAGAGCGCAUUGUGUAUAGCAUUCAGACUCAUUGUAGACAUUAAAAAAAACCCAGAUAUUAGAUUAUCAAGAGCAUAGUAGCUGGACGUGGAAACGAACGCUUCAAAAAGCUUCCAGUUUAGUUCUCUGCCGGGAACUUUUAUCGAUUAGCCCCGCGGAUGAGCCGAUGUGGAACAAAUGAAUUCCAAAAUAGACAAUAGCAAGUGACAGCGCCGUGGAGCCUAGUCGAUGAGGGACUUAGUAGACGAUGAGCAACACACACACACACACACACACACACACACACACACACACACACACACAGGCAUACAGACACGGAUACAGGGGGAGAGGUUGCUCUAAUCAGCAUGCAAAAUGUCAAAUGCACCAAUUCAAGUCAGGGACAAGCACUGGAAGGUUUUGCUAAAUCGAUCGUUUACUGUCGAGCGAGUUGUAGCGGCUCAUUUGACGCUUCCGUUCCGCCAUUUAACAUUCCACCAAGCGUGCCACAUACUAGUUUAUCGCCAAGCCAAGAGCUGGGAGUGUGUUGUGUGUAUGUGAUGUAAGUAGUGCGUGAGAUAGACAGUUAGUGGUUUUUUUUCGGCAAACGAUGAGACGCAUAAAUGGCGUUUAUGUGUUAGUCUAGUAUAGGAAUAGUUAAGCAGCAACUCAAGUUGGUUCGUGAAUCGUGUUGAAUAAAUAGUGAAAAGUA